UCCUCCCGAUCAACCCAAAAACCCAUCCACAGAACUUCAUUUAUCAAGCAAACAAAACAAGCAUUCCUUCAAUUAAACAUUCUGACAUACCCUUUUCACAUUCAUACUCACUUCUCAUUUCUUUUCUUUUAUAGCGCUCGAACCUAUUCGUUAUAUUUCCCUGCUUUUGCAUCUUAUUCAAGAAAACUAGUUACUAUGGCCCCUCAUCUUGCCAGUGCUAAUCUUGCAGCCAAUACCAACUCUUUGGUUAAGCAAGCCAGCAUAUCUAGUUGUGCAUAUGUUACUUUCUUGGCCGGCGAUGGAGACUAUGUGAAAGGUGUUGUUGGUUUAGCCAAAGGGUUAAGAAAAGUCAAGAGUAAGUACCCACUAGUGGUGGCUAUCUUGCCUGAUGUCCCAGAGGAUCACCGUAAAAUCUUGGUCUCUCAGGGUUGCAUAGUUAAAGAAAUUGAGCCUGUUUAUCCACCUGAGAACCAGACUCAAUUCGCCAUGGCUUAUUAUGUUAUCAAUUACUCCAAGCUUCGUAUAUGGGAGUUUGUGGAGUAUAGCAAGAUGAUAUAUUUGGAUGGUGAUAUUCAAGUUUUUGAGAACAUAGACCAUCUGUUUGACUUGCAAAAUGGUUACUUUUAUGCUGUGAUGGAUUGUUUUUGUGAGAAGACAUGGAGCCACUCUCCACAGUACAAGAUCGGAUACUGCCAACAGUGUCCUGAUAGAGUGAAGUGGCCUGCUGAAAUGGGUCCUAAGCCUCCACUUUACUUUAAUGCUGGCAUGUUUGUUUUUGAGCCCAGUCUUUCCACAUAUGAUGACCUCUUGAACACAGUCAAACUCACCCCUCCUACCCCAUUUGCUGAGCAGGAUUUCUUGAACAUGUUCUUCAAGGACAUUUACAGGCCAAUUCCUCCAAUUUACAACCUGGUCUUGGCCUUGCUCUGGCGCCAUCCAGAGAACAUCGAGUUUGAAAAGGUCAAGGUUGUUCACUACUGUGCAGCCGGAUCUAAGCCAUGGAGGUAUACUGGAAAAGAAGACAACAUGGACAGAGAAGAUAUAAAGAUGCUGGUGAAGAAAUGGUGGGACAUAUACGAGGAUGAGUCGUUAGACUACAAGAAUACUGUUGCUGCUACUGGUGGUGCAACUGAAGGUGAACUGCAGCCGUUCUUAGCAGCUUUAUCGGAGGCCGGCGUUGUUCAUUACGUUACCGCCCCAUCUGCUGCUUAAUGGUUGUGGAUUCUAUCAAGCUACUAUAUAGUAUUACGAAUACUUUGUAUAGGAAAAUAUAAUUAAGGGGUUUGUUUUAGACAGCGAUUUUCUUCUUUCUUUUUUGGGUAAUCCUCCAUAUAUUAUUAAAUGGGGGAAGUUUUCUUUUUGUGUGCGAGGACCUUUUAACCCUCCUCAAUAUUUGUUGGUUUUCUGAAUUAUUUUGCAAUUUAAAUGUAAACUUAAAACAUAGUGUUUUUAUUUUUUUGGUAAAUGUUAUUCCUGAUCUUUUGUCUGUCUCAA